AUGGAGGAUUAUGAAUCACAGCAGAGCUUUUCUUUGGGUGAGACGAGGGCACUAUGGGACCCUGAGGAGAGGCUUGAGCCUGUCAUGGUGCCCAGUGAGGGACCCCGGGUCCCUGACACCAGAGCUCCUCAAAAGACCCUGUCUGUCACUGUCAUGGAGCUCCACGAUCUGGUGGCAUCUAAAGAGCCAGAGAGUCCUCGGGGGAGAGCAGUGCAUCCUCCGUCACCCUCCGACUUCUUGGACAAACUCAUGGGGAGAACCUCUGGCUACGAUGCCAGAAUUAGACCCAACUUUAAAGGUCCUCCUGUGAACGUAUCAUGCAACAUAUUCAUCAACAGCUUUGGCUCCAUAGCUGAGACUACAAUGGACUACAGAGUGAACAUCUUCCUCCGUCAAAAGUGGAACGACCCCAGGUUAGCGUACACAGAGUACCCUGACGGUUCUCUGGACCUGGACCCCUCUAUGUUGGACUCUAUCUGGAAACCUGACUUGUUCUUUGCCAACGAGAAAGGGGCCCAUUUCCACGAAGUCACCACAGACAACAAGCUGUUAAGAAUAUUCAAGAAUGGCAACGUCCUCUAUUCUAUACGAUUGACAUUAACCCUCUCCUGUCCGAUGGACUUGAAGAACUUCCCCAUGGACGUACAGACGUGUAUCAUGCAGCUAGAGAGCUUUGGCUACACAAUGAACGACCUGAUCUUUGAGUGGCAGGAGAAUGGACCAGUCCAGGUAGCUGAUGGGUUGACCCUCCCACAGUUCAUAAUGAAGGAUGAGACGGAUCUGAGAUACUGCACCAAGCACUAUAACACAGGGAAGUUCACGUGUAUCGAGGUGCGAUUCCACCUGGAGAGACAGAUGGGCUACUACCUGAUCCAGAUGUACAUCCCCAGCCUCCUCAUCGUCAUCCUCUCCUGGGUCUCCUUCUGGAUCAACAUGGACGCCGCGCCCGCCAGGGUGGCGCUGGGCAUCACCACCGUGCUCACCAUGACCACCCAGAGCUCCGGUUCUAGAACAUCUCUACCUAAGGUGUCCUAUGUGAAGGCCAUCGACAUCUGGAUGGCGGUGUGUCUGCUCUUCGUAUUCUCCGCUCUGCUCGAGUACGCCGCCGUCAACUUUGUCUCCAGGCAACACAAGGAACUCUUAAGACUCCGCCCGCGGAGAACGAAGAAGAAGGUAACAUUUACAGACCAAUCUAGAACACGUUCUUCGAAUCAGAGCGACGACAACGUGAGGGAGAGCCGCCUCAGCUUCACCACCACGACCGGCGGUGGCGGCACUGCUGUCAAGGACGGCACCAUCCCCAAGGCCACCAACAACGCCGCCACCACCCCGGGCGCCGCGCGGCCACAGCCCGCCCAGCACCCCAAGAAGGACCCGGCCGCCAAGAGCCACGAAGAGAUGAGAAAGCUGUUCAUCGACCGCGCCAAGAAGAUCGAUACGGUAUCGCGGGCGGGUUUCCCCCUGGCCUUUCUGUUUUUUAACAUUUUCUACUGGGUCCUGUACAAGAUUCUCCGGGCUGAGGAUGUGCACAAGGACUAGUACAGAACACUGCAGUACAGUAGGGUACAUUACAGUACAGUACAGUAGGGUUCAGUACAGUAGGUUACAUUACAGUACAUUACAGUACAGUAGGGUACAUUACAGUACAGUACAGUACAGUAGGGUACAGUACAGUACAGUAGGGUACAUUACAGUACAGUACAGUAAGGUUCAGUACAGUACAGUACAGUAGGGUUCAGUACAGUACAGUACAGUAGGGUACAUUACAGUACAGUAGGGUACAUUACAGUACAGUAGGGUACAUUACAGUAGGGUUCAGUACAGUACAGUAGGGUACAUUACAGUACAGUAGGGUACAGUACAGUAGGGUACAUUACAGUACAGUA